CAGCGAACAACAACACCGACAGCACCCCGUGCCGGUACCUCCAACACCAUUUCCCUCUCGUCUUCACGAUAACAACAAUGACACACAUCCCUUUCAAGCACUCCAUGGUCAAGGGCGGUUCGAUGGCAGCAUCCUCUGCCUGCCCCGCCUCUCCCACCCGCCGGGGCUCUUGCACUCUAUCUUACAGCAACUCCAGCUCCGCCGGCUCGACCGAGAGCUUCCCCAGCGACACCUCUUGCGGAGACAGCGAGAGCGUGAUCGACAGCAGCCCCGACGACCUGGACUACAUCCCUACGGAUGGUGGCCUUGCGACCGAGGUGCCACCCCACACCGGAAAGAAGACGGUGCUGGUCACCGGCGCCGCCGGGUUCAUCGGGAGCUGGGUGGCGGACACCCUGCUUGCCCGCGGCGACGACGUGGUGAUCGUGGACGAGGUCAACAGCUACUAUGACGUCCGCACCAAGCGCUCGAACGUCGCCAUGCUCCUCGAGAAGUACGGCCCCAACAGGGUCAAGUUCUUCGAGGGGGACCUGUGCGACGCUCCCUUCAUCACGCGCAUCUUCGAGACGGAGGGCGUGGAGUGGGUGGUGCACAUGGCCGCCCGCGCGGGCGUGCGCCCCUCGAUCGAGGACCCGUUCGUGUACGUGCACUCCAACGUGGAGGCCACGACGCGGCUCCUGGAGCUGUCCCGCCUCCACGGCGUGAAGUCGUUCGUGUUCGCGAGCAGCUCCAGCGUGUACGGCGGCAGCCAGAAGGAGGUGUUCAGCGAGAAGGACGUUGUGGACUUCCCCGUGUCCCCCUACGCCGCUACCAAGAAGAGCUGCGAGCUCAUGGCCCACACGUACAGCCACCUGUACGGCCUGAACAUCGCCGGCCUCCGCUUCUUCACGGUCUACGGGCCCCGCGGACGCCCCGACAUGGCCCCCUACAAGUUCAUCGACCUGGUGGCUAGGGGCCAGGAGAUCAUGCAGUUCGGCGACGGCUCCACCUCGCGCGACUACACGUACAUCUCGGACAUCGUGGACGGCGUGGUCCGCUCGCUGGACCGCCCGGCCGGCUACCAGAUCUACAACCUCGGGAACGGGAGCCCCGUGAGCCUGUCCUCCUUCAUCAAGCUGGUCGAGAAGUCGGUCGGCACGCCCGCCAAGAUCCGCGUGUGCCCCGAGCAGCCCGGGGACGUUCCCCGCACCUGCGCCGACAUCUCGAAGGCCCGCGCCAUGUUGGGGUACAACCCGAGCGUGGCCUUCGCCGACGGCAUCGACAAGACUGUCGGCUGGUACCAGAACCGCGCGGCCAUGAACGCCGCCGCCGCCGCGGUCGCAGACAACGCCGAUGACGUCAUCGCCGAGGAGGAGCCCCUGACGGUCGAGCUCCUGUCCCUGUGCACCACGCAGGCGGCGGCGGGCCGCGCGCGCUCGAUGUCGUGCGCCUCGGCCAGCGCCCUGGAUAUGGAUUUUUGCGACAGCAUCCUGCCCAAGGCGAUGAUGUCGCAGCAGCAGCAGCAGCAGCAGCAGCAGCAGCUCUCGGCCACCGCCGCUGACGGCGGCGUUAACCUCGAGCGCGCCUCCCGCACCAUGUCGUACGCUUACUAAGAGAAGCAGAGCGCACGCAGGCCGCGUGGCCGCAUGACGCAGUACGAUUUCGGAGCAGUGUUGCAGCCAGGAUGGAACAAGAGCAGUUUGGGUGCGCGUAAAUAAUCCCGACACGUGCACAUCGGAAGGCUUUAAUUUUGUUGUGUGGAAGUCUGAAAGUUGUGACGUGCACGUGUCUAGCGCUGCAACAAGGACAUGAAACGUUUCACCCAUUGAUUGAUGAUUGAGGUUGCGAUUCGCGUCUCGACCCCGGUCGGGCUAGGUUUUGUGUCGUCCAUUUGCGAACGGGUGAGAGGAAAAACAGUACAUUUUUCCCACGUACUGUUAGUUUUGCAAUAUGCUCCCACCAAACGAACAGGUGUGUAUGCAUGUAGAAGCUUUCAUGAUCGAAGCUAGUUGUGGUAGGAAAUGUCCAUUUUUUCCUGAAGAGAGAUAAAAGUGUCGAGGAAUGUGAUAUGUGCAGGGUGUUUUUUGGAGUUUUGGUAGCAAUCGGAAGAGCCUCGUGUCCAUCUAGCCUUUUGUGUAUAGCGCAUGAGAAAAGGACAAAAGAAAGGUGUGGGAUUAUCGAUUAUCGAUCCAUACACAGCCGUAUGUACAGACCGCACCUGCUGCCGCUAUGGCCGAGAUAUUUGUUGCUUUUGUCGUUUUUGUGUACAUGUACAGGAGUCGGACGGACAGGAGAUCAUCGUUCCCUCCUGAGAAAAUGGGGGGGGAGGGGGGGGCAGAACCGUAAACGCCUUCUCCUCGUGUCGUGUGUUGGUAUUGGAGUUGAGUUGUGGUUAGCGGAUCAGAGACGAACAGCCUUCACGACACUCUUUGUCUGGUCGAAGUGAUAAGCUUUUUUGGGUUCUAGACGAAGGUAGGAAAGUUACAUGUCCCAUGCCACCUUAUUGCGGAAUGUGAUACGCGUGGAAAAUAUAAGCUUAUUUUUGUUUU